AUGAGCGAUGAAGCGAAAUCAUCGGGAAAAAUUCAGGCCUUUGAGUCUUCAGUCCUCUUAGGAACUUGGGAGGACAUCCUAAUUGCUGCGAGAUCUGCCACAGGACUUUUCUGCUCACGUGUUAAAGGCUUUUGUGAGUCGGGGUUAUAUCCAAUUCGCUUAUUGGUUGUUGCUGAAUUACUGAAUCUUGUUGGACCACACGAUGUCUCGAAGUUCCUGUUAGAGCUUACUGCAUGCAAGGCGAAAGGUGGCUUUUCUUACAUGACAAGAUGGUUGAGCGAGGCAUCACACGAAUGUGACGAACAUCGCGAACGUCUCUUUGACGCACUAAGACAUGGUCGAUGA